UCUCGUGCAGCACACAACCGAAAAUGGGAGCCACUCCUCAAGCUCUCGCCUGCCUAAUCUUUAUCGCCAUAGGGCGUCUGGGUGUCCAGGGGGGCGUUUAUAAGGAGCUAACGACGCCCCUGGGCCAUGAGAUCAUGCGGCAUGCCAAGUCAGCGGAUAUGCGAUCCUUCAUCGAUCCGCGUGUGAGUCCCUGCGAUGACUUCUAUGGCCAUGCGUGCGGGAAGUAUCCCUCGAUAAAUGCAGCCUCCGUGGAGACGGACAAAAGCAUUGGGCAGGCACUCCAUGAUGGCUAUCUGCGGCGGGUGCGACAGCUGCUGAACGAGCCCAAGAUGAGCACAGACAGACCCAUGGAGACGCGGGUGAAGUACUUCUACGAGUCGUGCCUGAACACCACGGCACUGAGGAUGAACCAGCGCAGCCAUCUGCUCCAUAUCCUCAGGGAAUUUGGUGGCAUGCCCGCCGUGGAGGGCAGCACUUGGGACGAGUCCAAGUUCGAUGCCAUUGAGAUGAUGGCCACGCUGCUGCGACGCUACGGCAAGAUCACGUUCCUGGGCGUUAGUGUCGGUCCCGAUAUUGCCAACAGCCAGAUGAAUCGCUUGUCCUUGGGCCAAAGGGAUGACCUGGUAGUCAUCAAAGAGGAGGAUUCUAUGAAACUGGUCCGGCAGGUGCGCCUGAAGUGGAGGCUGCAGAGGCUGUUGGGGGUCUCGCCAGAGCGUGCUCAUCAGACGGCCAUCGAGAUUAGCGCCCUGGAUGCGGAGCUGGGGCGCAGUGGCAUCGGCCAGAAGAUGGUGGGUGAUCCGAGAUUGAGGCAACGCCUGACGGUGAUCAGCUCUCUGACGGAUACCUACGGACCGUCCCUCAACUUUACCAGAUUUGUGAGCCACUGGCUGGGCCAUGACUACCAGCUGCCCGUCUACGAAUACGUACCCGGCUACCUCUGGCAGCUGAACAAGAUCCUCGCGAGCACACCCAAACGGGUGCUGGCCAACUAUAUGCUGUCGAGCCUGGUGGAGGACUUUGUGUUGAACUUGGAGCCCGAGAAGUACCAGCAACAGCAGCAACAGAAGCAACAGCAGCAGCAGCAGGAGGAGUACUGUGCGAAACGGACCACGGAUCUCUUUCCUGCUGUGUUGGAUCACAUGGUCUAUCACUCCCUGGAGCAGCAGAGUCCCCACAUUCCCGCCAUCCUGCGCCAGUUGUUUCUGGAGCUGAAGGCCACCUUCGAGACGAUGCUGAAUGGCCCCGAUUUGGAGUGGCUGGACGAGCAGACGCGCAACGGGAUGGUGGAGAAGCUCAAGCUCAUGUCCUUCCAGAUAUCUGGCGAGGAGUCUGUCGACUUUGAGGAACACUACGGCUCGCUGAUCAUCAGCUCGGCAGACUACUAUGGCAACAUUGAGCGCCUGCUGGAGGUGCGCGCCCUCAACCUGCGAGAGGACCUGCAGCGGCCGCAGUCCAAGCCCAUCUUCUACGACGACAUGAUCGACUCGCCCUGCUACAUCAGGGAGGCCAAUCUGGUGAUCUUCCCAGCCAGCCACAUGCAGCAUCGCUACUUCUGGGACGAUGUCUACCCGGCGGCCCUCAAGUACGGCACCCUGGGAUUCGACCUCGCCCACGAGAUAGCCCACGCCUUUGACGACUCGAAUCUGUUGUUCGAUGGAAGGGGAAAUCUACGCGACUCGUGGUCCAGCGAGGCCAAGACGAGCUUCCACCUGCUCAAACAGUGUCUGGUGGAUCAGUUUGGCGAGCUGCGCUUCGGCAACCAAAAGCUGCCCCGAAGGGAGACGCAAGGCGAGAACAUUGCCGACAAUGUGGGCAUCCGCAUUGCCCUGGCCGCCUACCACAAGUGGCUGCUGGAUCACUCGAAGGCUGUGGCUGCAGAUGCGGAAGCCCUGCCCCAUAUGUUGCAGACGCCGCAGCAGCUCUUCUUCCUCAGCCUGGCCCAGACCAUGUGCUCGGCUGUGUUGCCCGAGAGGCGACAUGCCCAUGUCAUGACCAGUAUCCAUGCGCCGUCCGAAGUGCGGGUGCGCGCCAUGAUGGCCAACAGCCGAUCCUUUGCCGAGGCCUUUCAGUGCGGCAACAGCACCAGAAUGAAUCCCCCCCUCAGAUGCAAGGUGUACUGAUUAUGUACACGGUUUAGUUCUUAAUAGUUCCUAUAUAUUGAAUACUCAUUAAACAUGUACAUAUGUAUGUAGUUCCGCUACCGCUUCCGAGCAGCGCGUGCA